GUGUGGGGACAAUUAGUGCGGUUGUGCUCAUGGGGAAGGUGAUAGGCCUGGCACAACAGCUGCCUGUAAUCCCAGCUACGCUCUCAUAUCCUGAGACACGCUUGUGUGUGUGUGUGUGUGUGUGUGUGUGUGCAUUCUUCACAGUACGUGUGUGUGUGGAUCUCCAGAUCACAUGAUGGAAACUAAGGGUAGGAGGUUAAGGAGGGGUUUAGGGGGGAUCCCAGUUUGGAUCUCUGGUGUUCCCCCUGACUGAGUCACAAACACACACACACACACCUCCCCUCACACACACUCCAACAUGCUCUUAAACUUUCACUCACUCUACCUCUCUCACACACACAUGUGUAGCUAUCCAGAGGACAGUGUGUGGUUAGGUAUGACUGAGGCCAAAGCAGUGUGUGUGUCUCUGGGUGUUUUAACUAGAGGGCUGAGGAGCAGACUCAAGGCUCUAGGAUGUCUACUGAUCCAAAACUUUACCGGAGACCUUACCAGGAGCUGCACCGGAAAUUCUACCAGGAAGGAGCGGGACCGGGGCCUGUUUACUAGGGCAGGAUGGGGCUGUUCCGACCCCCAGGGGGCUGAGGAUGAGAGUGUCAAUGAGAUCAACAUCACCAACCUUACGAAGGAGGGGUCAGAGAAGGGUGACCCUCGACAGUUCGAGCUCCGCAAGGUCCUAGGACAAGGCUCCUUUGGAAAGGUGUUCCUGGUCAAGAAGACUACAGGUCCAGAUGCAGAACAGCUCUACGCCAUGAAGGUUCUGAAGAAAGCCACACUGAAAGUGCGUGACAGGGUGAGGACUAAGAUGGAGAGAGACAUUCUGGUGGAGGUCAACCAUCCCUUCAUUGUUAAACUGCACUAUGCAUUCCAAACAGAAGGGAAACUCUACCUCAUCCUGGACUUCCUACGAGGAGGAGACCUCUUCACACGACUGUCUAAAGAGGUGAUGUUCACAGAGGAGGAUGUGAAGUUCUACCUGGCAGAGUUGGCUCUGGCCCUGGACCACCUCCACAGCCUGGGCAUCAUCUACAGAGACCUCAAACCAGAGAACAUUCUGCUAGACGAGGAGGGACACAUUAAGCUGACGGACUUCGGCCUCAGUAAGGAGUCUAUAGACCAUGAGGAUAAGGCCUAUUCGUUCUGCGGGACGGUGGAGUACAUGGCUCCGGAGGUAGUCAACAGGAGAGGCCACACCACCAGCGCUGAUUGGUGGUCCUACGGCGUGCUCAUGUUUGAGAUGCUGACCGGAACGCUCCCAUUCCACGGGAAAGACCGCAAGGACACCAUGACCAUGAUCCUCAAGGCUAAGUUGGGGAUGCCACAGUUUUUGAGUUCCGAAGCCCAGAGUCUCCUAAGGAACCUUUUCAAACGCAACCCUACUAACAGGCUAGGGGCCGGCCCAGAUGGAGUGGAGGAGAUUAAAAGACAUCAAUUCUACUGCAACAUAGACUGGAACAAACUGUUCCUUAGAGAGCUCUGCCCUCCCUUCAAACCUGCUACGGGACGACCUGACCACACCUAUUUUGACCCAGAGUUCACCACUAAAACACCCAAAGAUUCCCCGGGUGUUCCGCCCAGUGCCAACGCCCACCAGCUGUUCCGAGGAUUCAGCUUUGUAGCCAUUACAUCAGAGGAAGAGACACAACCACUACAGACUACUGUAGUUCAGCAGCUACACAGAAAUGUGUCCCAGUUGUCUGAAGCGUAUGAAGUGAAGGAGGAUAUAGGAGUGGGAUCAUACUCCGUCUGCAAACGCUGCAUACACAAGAUCACUGGCAUGGAGUACGCGGUUAAGAUCAUCAGUAAGGCCAACAGAGACCCAACAGAGGAGGUGGAGAUACUACGGAGAUACGGACAACAUCCCAACAUCAUCACACUAAAGGACGUGUUUGAUGACGGUAGGACAGUGUAUCUGGUCACAGAGCUGAUGAAGGGAGGAGAGCUGCUGGAUAAGAUACUGAGACAGAAGUUCUUCUCAGAGAGAGAAGCUAGCGCUGUCCUAUACACCAUCACCAAGACUGUUGAAUACCUACACAUGCAGGGGGUGGUGCACAGGGACCUAAAGCCCAGUAAUAUCCUGUAUGUGGAUGAGAGUUGGAACGCUGAGUCCAUCAGGAUCUGUGACUUUGGUUUCGCCAAGCAGCUGAGAACUGAGACAGGCCUGCUGAUGACGCCAUGCUACACUGCUAACUUUGUAGCUCCAGAGGUGUUGAAGAAGCAGGGUUAUGAUGCUGCCUGUGACAUCUGGAGUCUAGGAGUCCUACUCUACACUAUGCUCACAGGGUUCACUCCGUUUGCCAACGGUCCAGAGGACACACCAGAGGAGAUCCUGGCUCGGAUCGGCAGCGGGAAGUUCUCUCUGACCGGAGGAUACUGGAACUCUGUCUCAGCAGAGGCCAAGGAGCUGGUGUCUAAGAUGUUACACGUGGACCCACACCAGCGUUUGACAGCCGGGCAGGUGUUGCGUCAUUCCUGGGUCACACACCGAUACAAGCUGCCCAAUUUCACACUGACCAGACAGGACGCUCCGCACCUGGUCAAGGGCGCCAUGGCAGCCACCUACUCUGCCCUCAACAAGAACGUUCCACCUGUCCUGGACCCCGUGGAAUGUUCCACUCUAGCCCAACGGAGGGGGGUGAAGAAACUCACCUCCACUGCCCUCUGAGCGUUAACGUUUCACCUCAGACUUAUAACCCUGCCGGAGCUCUGCUCAGACAGAUGGACAGACCUGGUCCCUCAGAUGACCUGGACAGAACUCUGAUGCACCUGGGAGCCCCCCUGACCCUGCUCAGUUAUUAACUAACCCAGUGAUCUUCACCCCUGGUGCUGGAGACCAGGGCUGGUGGUGACCACUCAAAUAUUGUAGCGUCUCUCCAGUCUUUGCUUUGGACAAUUAGCGUUGCCUCUAGACUCAAGAGACAGGUGUCAGGAACAUGAAUGUGCUGUAUUUAGAUGUCUGUACUUCUGGGAACAUUUGAGAGAUACCUGCAUUAUGCAUUUAAGACCCAUAUUAAAAUGUUGAUGAUGA